AUGUCCACUGCAGUUGUAAGUCGCCCUCCAUCCCAAACCGCUUCCUUCCAUGCACCACAUCAAAAUCGGUGCUCAUUUUCAUCGUCUAGCUCCGAAUCUUUGCCUCCAUCAACCAAAGGAAAACCUUCGCCCCCUUCUUCAGAUUUCGAGGAACUCGAGCUGCGCAUAGAACGAGCACUAAAAGAACGAGAUAACGAAUGGAGGAAACAUGAGAAAGCGCAGAUUCAAUUUUUGCAAAAUGAAACGUCGAAUAUGUUGAAAUCGCUUCAUAACGAAAUCAACAGACUUGGCAAUGAGUUGAGGGAAGAGAAACGACGAAGCGCAUAUGGAGAAGGGAGCGAAGACACACUGGCCAGAAUUUCUGAACUCGAGAGAAUGAUUUUGGAGAAGGAGGGAUAUACGAAGAAUUUGGAGAAGAAAGUUAGCACGACGAUUCAGAAAUUGCAAGAGCAGAUUACGAUUCAGAGCGACCGAAUUCGCCAGCUCAAUGAAGAACUCAACGACCGCAACCAAACCGUAACACAUCUUUCCCAACAGUUGCGUGCCAUCAAACUCCGUGAAGCCAUGGCGACGUCCACUCAUCGUCGUCGCGCAUCUUCUCAGCUGAACUCCACGUCUCCACCAAUCACAUCCCCAUCAUCCCCUCAUCGGAUCUUCCCACCAGUGUCCAGUGGACUUUUGUCUGCUUCCGUAGCUGUUACUUAUCCGGGAAGUGGUGCUAACCGACUGAGCAUUCAGAAGCGCUCCACUUCUGCUAUCCGAGCUCCACCGAUGCCUAACUAG